AUGUGUGAGGUUGUAAUGGCACCUGAAGAGGUUGUCAUAAAGUGUGUCUCGUGUCCGCUGCAGUCACAUCCCUCUUGUCUGGAUAUGAAUGAAGAGAUGGCGGCACAUGUGGCUACAUAUCCCUGGCAAUGCAUAGAAUGCAAACGUUGCAGCGUCUGCACAAUGGGCGAUCGAGAAGAGUCGAUGAUCUUCUGUGACAAAUGCGAUCGUGGGUUUCAUACCUACUGUAUCGGUCUGUCCGAAGCUCCUCAAGGAUCUUGGGUCUGUCAGCAAUACUGCAAUCCGGCCGGGAACGAAGUAACGGCGUCAAAACGACCAUCGGCUAGGAAGUCAUCUUUGGUGGCUGCUUGA